AGUCAGGCGAGAACACCAAUAAAUCAUUUCCUAGUCUGUGUGAACUGUUCACAGAAUCUUUUUUCUUACAGCUCAGAUGGCCUGCUCGUGGCGCGCUACCAUAAGUACCACCUCUUCUUUGAGGAAGCCUUCGACACACCGCCUCAACCUGAGAUCAUAACGUUUGAUACACCUUUUGCUGGAAAAUUUGGCCUCAUGAUCUGCUUUGACAUCCUGUUCCAUGAUCCCACAAUUGCCCUGGUGGAGAAGGGUGUGCGUCAACUGGUUUUCCCCACAGCCUGGUUGAAUGCACUCCCCCUACUGGACUCUGUCCAAUUCCAGCGGGCAUUCAGCUCGGGUGCCAAUGUCACCCUGCUAGCGGCCAACCUGCGUAACAACCAAAUGAACAUGAGAGGAAGUGGCAUCUACACCCCCUUCUCUGCCACUUACUACCACGCCCAGAAAGGAGAGCCAGAGGAGGGCAGGCUGCUGGUGGCCAGGGUGCCAGUGUUAGACCCACUGUGGGUGGGGCGGAGUGCAACCACAGGGGAGGGUGUAGUUCGUAGUCAGUCCACAUCAUCUACACCUACAGACUCUGGAAACUGUCACCAAGAGAGCUGUGUUGAUCCUCCUCCUCCUGAAACAGCUCCAUCAGUUCCUCCCUCCUCCGCCACCUUCAUCUCAUCCAUGCUGGGUGACCCAUUUACGUUUGUCCUCUUAAACCAGACAGAGGGUGAAGUGAACGUGUGUAAUGGCACAUUUUGUUGUCACCUGCAGUACCGGAGGUUUCCACAGGGUGGCAGUGAAGAGCUCUACGCAUUUGGAGCAUUUGCUGGAACACAUACACUGUUUGGUCAAUGGGCCCUGCAGGUAUGA